AGUUCACGUUUCAUCAGAAACGAUUAGAUACGCUAUCCGAUCGCACGUCGACCACAACUGCUUGUGUGCACGUUGACGACCUAUUCAGAGGAGCAAUAUUUUUUGUUUAGUGUAUUCAUAGCAUGUGUCAAAAUAGUUUCGAUUUGAAAAUGUUGAUUAAUUAAUUGAAUUGCAUGAAAUAGUCGAAUAAAAAGUUUUGUUGACUAACUGUUCAGCUGCUAAAUCUGUGACGAAAUACAAUGAGUGACAUCGACGCAAUAUCGGUAUCGGAUGAGAUUUCUGAUGACAUCUUCAAUGAUUUCGUCACAUUGGGAAAAUUGUCAGCGUUCAAGACUCCAAUUAAAUGGCAGUUUCCAGACACCAAACAUUGCCCACUAUGCGGAAUCUCAUGCUCCACUCGUAACAUUGCGCUGAUACACUUUCGAAAUACACACGCUGAUACGUCAAUGGUCUGUGUUUUAUGUGACAUACUCUUUUGUGAUGCCGCCCAGCUUCUAUAUCAUCACGCACUACAGCAUCAGAAUCAUCUGCCGCCAGAAUUAAAAGCAAGCAAUACCAUCACAGAAUUUAAGGAAAACGUAGUUAAACCGCAAAAAAGUGCUGAAAAUGAAGAAACAAAAGAAGAAGACGACCAGGACGACGAUGACGACGAUGACGGCGAUGAUUUAAUCACACUCCAUGGAUGUGGAAAGACGACCCAUUGGCGCUUCCCAAGGGAUAUUAAACAUUGUCCAGUCCACACUUGUCGCAUUCAGUUUGGCAUUCGAUACGAUGCGAUCAAUCAUUAUAAAAAGCGACAUGCAAAGCAUUCCAUUCUCUGUCCAAUAUGUGUCAAACCAAUCUGUUCGCAAAAACCAAAUGAAUUUGUGAGGCAUUAUCGGAAAGUACAUCCAUAUCAAUUGUUACCGUAUAAUAUGGUAGCAAGAAGUAAAGCAAAUCUUCAGGUGAAGGAGACAUUGAAGAAAGGUGACGGCAAACCAAAUGAUUUCGAAAUGCCAUCUUACGUCAAAGACAGCACAAAAAGUCCAAAACUACCACUUAAAAUACAAACAAUGAAAAAGGAGACAGCAAAAACUAUGGAAAAUCAUCACAAUCCAGUCGAAGAAGAAGAAGACGAUUUGAUCACGCUCCGAAGAGGUGGAAAAUGGCGAUUUCCAAAUGGCUUAAAGGGCUGUCCAAUUCAUACAUGUUAUUCUGUGUUUAAAACACGCCGACAAGCAAUCGCUCAUUUCAAAAGACAACAUGCCAAAUAUGCAGUUCUCUGCACUUUAUGUGAGAAGCCAAUAAACGCUAGAAAUUAUCGGCCUCAUUGCAAGCGAAUGCAUCCAAAUGGGGAAAUUUCGGUCAAACCCAAAGCGACACCGACAAAUUUCGUUCCUUGCAAAAUAUGUGGCAAACAUAUCACCGGCAAUAUGAAUAAACACUUGAAAGUUCACUCUAAAAAGAGGUUUAUAUGCCCAAUGAAAGGAUGUCAACAUGAAGCAAAGCAACUGGAUACAACACGUGAUCAUUGGCAGAAAAAUCAUUCACAUUUGCCGUUUCCCGAAAUUCGGAAGGCCAGCAAUACUCCGAGAAAUAUCAAGCAACAAAUCAAAACAAUGUCAAAUACUCCAAGUCAGAACGUGACUUCAGAUCAACAAGACUCUUUAACUCGGCCAGAGGAUAACGAAUCAGAAGAGAAUUUAUUGACACCGCUUCGCACAGCAUCUGAACCAUCUAGUGAAGAAGAAAUAAAUUUGCAGUGUACCGAUUGUCGUUACGUCUCAAAAACGGUCUUUGCUUUGAAGAUGCAUCAACACAACAAGCAUAGCAUGGUGAAGAGAAGGAAGAAGAAGCGAGUGGUGUCACAAUCAAGACAUUACGAUACCACAACUGAUGACGACGAUGAAGAAGUGAAGAGGGCAGCCAAAAGGCGCCGAUUGGUAAAAAAGCGAGCUCGAGACUCUGGAAACAAUGACCGUGAUCGCGAUGAAACAUCGAACUUGGAACGAUCAGAAGGCCAGGACGAUCCAUUGGAACAGCACGAGUCUAAACACACAUUAACUCCAUUUAACGGUUUGACUGAUCUAUUGACCUUUGUUCAGGCCAAAGCCGAUAAUGACCCAUCGGAUACGGCUCAACCAUUGGAUUUAUCAAUUCCCAAAGUAAUUUAUGUACUUGAUUCCGAUGAAGAAGCUAUAAUCAUCGACUCUGAAGACGAUGUGAAACCACCAAUUACAUCGCAAGACAAUUCCAGUGAAAAUUAACAUGCAAUGCAUGAAAAUGUAUUGAAAUACAUUAUAAUUUAGGUUAAGCAUUCGCAUUUAACAUGAAUAACUUAUAGAGCGAACAGAAAAAAAAUAUUUAAAGCAAAUUCGAUAGUUUGUAACAAUUAAAUUUAGAAGAAAUAAGACAAAAAUGACUAAAAAUCCAAUUGAAUAUUGUCAAGAACAAACAAAGAAGAUUUCCACCCUUAAAAACAGAUAUUUGAAUCGUUCAUACUGAAAAAAUUAUCAAAAAUUUCAAUUCAAUUCAUUUUUUGUUCAUACAUUUGAUAGCAUUGAAAUAGUGGGACAUACAUCAAAUCAGAUGAAACAGUUCACAUGCUUGGAAUAAUUUUUUUUUCGAUAAUAAUAAAAAAACAAUGUUGUUUAGAAAUUCAAAAAA